CCACACUGAUCGAAGAUCGAAUGUCCCCGAUAUCGGCUUGAGUCGCCUAGUUCCGCAAACCAUAUAUAGCGAGUCGAAAUGCCGCUUAAGUAUGCCGAGCGACUGCACAAUUUCGUAUUUGUAAUUCAAUGAAUGGUACUGCACUUGCACUGCAUUGCUGUGGCUUGAUUCAAGCCUCCACUGUAUUAGUGGCUGGGAAUGGAUAUCUAGCUGUUAUUGAAUCUGCAUCGUGGACAACGAGUGUUUUUCUCCUGCACGAGUGCUUGAAAAUGCUAUCUGGCAUUCACCCUUCUCCUACUUAACUAACGCUGACACUUGCGCUAUGGAUCACUGGUACCGACACAAAAGAAAACGAUCAUUUGCCUCUGAGUCUGAACGCCCUCCCAAGCGGCAAUCCUCUAUACUGCCCGACAGUGAUCACCAGAAAUCAUCCGUUCCAUCAUCAUCAUUUUACCAUUCUCAGCCCCGUCCCGCUAACCCGCAGACCUCCCUCACCAGCGAUAAUGGUUGGCGCAGUGGGCCUCACCUCGUCCCCAGAGUCGCGCCGAUUUUGGCGUCCUCUGGUCCUUCACACCAAGCAGCCUCCCAUAAGAGUAUGAUUGCGCCGCACGGGCCGUCCCCUAACCACCCGCACCCCUAUGCCUUGGCAUCAUCACCUCAAGUCCUUACUCGCCCGCAGAGCCUUCAAGCGUACGAUAAUAGCCGCCCCGAUCGGUGCAAUGGACCCUAUCUCGUCAGUCCCGGAGUCGCGCCUACUUUUGGAUCUUCUAGCGAUACCUCGACUUCGUCGCCCCAGGUCCAUCCUGCUGGUCCACAGCCUCCCCAAAUCUCGGGCCUCGAGAAUAUUCCUCAUGAUUACGGAUCAGUGGAGUCUUCUCUGGGGGUUGAUGGGGCUGCGCCCGCUUUUGGUCCUUCCUGGCCUUUCCCAAUUCCCGUGCUUGAGCUACCAGAGAUAUCUGACAGUGAUUCACAAUCACACGCUUUGGUCUCAUCGCUUGAAACCUAUUCCACCAGCUCACAAACCCCUUGCGAAGGUAGUCACCGUGAUCCGUGGGAUGGAUCGACGGAGUCUUAUCCCGAAAUUUCCCGGAUUGUGGCACCAUGGUCACCUUCUGGCGGUCUCCAGUCCCUCGCGCCUGAGAUGAGGACCUGGCGGUCAAAUGUCAAUAGUAUCAGCCGAUCGAGCACACCUGUCCCCGGAUCAUCUGCUACCACCACGCCCGCAUCUCCUGUGCAUUCGGACCGAUUGCCAUCUCCCUCCCCGAUGCCAUCGAGCUCUGACACCCAUGGUGAUACUCCCAACCCUUGGGGACCCUACGACAAUAAUGCACGCAUCCGCACAGAACUGGAAAAUGCAGGGAUAGAUUUACCUGUACCCCCUGUGCCAGAGCCCACUCCGUCAUCGUCAGCUGGCCCGUCGGAUGGCAAAAAGGAAAGCAUCAUUAGCGCCACUAGACUCAUCCUCCAAACCGCAUCUUCCGCCCUCAAAUUCUCGCCUAUCCCAUUCCUCCCUAACAUUCCGGACUCACUUCUCAUGCUGCUUCAGGUUUACGAGAACGUUAGCAAUAAUAACAAAGCUCUCAAAGGGCUGAAUGAUGAUGUGCAAAGUGCAUACAGCACCAUGUUACGGCCGCUCCAACUGUGGACGGGACCGAUACCUCCCGAAGUCGUUUUUCUAGUGAAGGAAUUACACUCGACUCUGGAAGACCAGGUCAAGAGGAUCAGGUUACUGCAGAGUCAGAAUCGAAAUCUCUUCAGGAAAGUAUUCACGGCGGGCCCUUUAACGCAAAGCAUAAACGACGUGAGGAUGUGCAUUAGUGUAGCCCUCUCCCGGUUUGCGGUUCGCAAGAUCCGCAUUUAUGCCGCUAGACUUCAACUAAUAGAGCGCUCUGUGUAGACGGUGGCAACAACUAUAAACCUUCUCAAUACGAUUCAGGUGUCGGUGGAUUACGAGCUUUCAAAACUGCCCAAAGUAGAUGCCGAAUAUUACCGUGUGAAGAGCAAGUCAGAAUG